AUGGACGAUAUUUUGGGAGGAUUUGGUGGACCAGUUACUCAACCACCUGUUCAACAACCACCACAAAACAAUGUUGGUGAUUUCUUUGGAGGAGGUGUUAACAUUGCUGCUCAAGCUGCCAACAUGGGUAAGCAAAAGAAGGAACAAAGAGAUACUACCGGAUUCAACUUUGAUGAUGUUGUAGUUGCUAACAGAGAUAAUGCUCUUGAACAAAACGAACAAGUCCAUCAAGACGCUGCUGUUAAGCAUCAAGUUUUGCUCAAGUCUAACGAAGGUGUUGCCAUUGAAGAUGAACAUUUGCAAGUCAAGAUUAAGACUGAAUAUCACGGAUGUAAGGGUAGACUUAUUCUCCUCUAUGGUAACAAGACUACUAAUCCAUUGACUCAAUUCAAGGUUCACAUUCUCGUUCCAAAGGAAUUGGAAGCUCAAAUUUCCAAGGUUCCACCAAUGAUUUCACCAAAGACUCAAGUCCAACAAUAUGUUGACUUGGUUGCUAAGGGCCCAUUCAGCCAAUUGACUGAUUUGGAUUUGUACUUUGAAGCUAAUCGUAGAUAUUACAGAUUCAACAUCAAGUUGCCAAUCGUUCCACACAAGUUUGUUGAACCAUUGGUCAUCCAAGGUGCUGAAAACUUCUUUAAACAAUGGCACGCAAUUGGAAAGGAACAAGAAGUCCAAAAGAUUUUCCCAUGCACUCCUGUAUAUUCUGAUGUAAAUGCCUGUGCUAAGGUUUUGUCUGAAGGUUUCCGUUUGGCCAUUUUGACUGGUAUUGACAAUCCAAGUAAUAUUGUUGCUGCUGGUUCUUUCUUCUAUGAUCCUGUUGGUAAGGUUAACGUUUUAUUACGUCUUGAAUACAAUGCUCCAAAGCAAGCUUACAGAUUAACUGUCAAGGCUCAAGAUGCCACUAUUGCUCAACAAGUUUUCAAUUACAUCUUACAAGAACUCACCUCCCAAUAA